UAUGUCGUCAACUGAUGAAAAUCAAUGUGAAAUUUUUUAUGGUGGUUCCCAUAAAAUACCACCAUGUAAACAAAAUGUUGGACAAUAUUUUCUGGAUAUAAUGGCUAAAAAUCCAAAUAAAAUGGCCCAGAUUGAUCCAAUAAAGAAAAAAACUCAAACGUACGGCGAACUUAGAAUCGAUUCUAUUCGUUGUGCAUUAAGAAUGAGACAAGAAGGCGUGAAGCGAGGAGAUGUAAUAAUAGUUUGUGGACGAACUCAUAUCGAAUUAAGUACACCGAUAUUGGGUGCUAUGUAUCUUGGUGCUGCAAUUAAUACAUUACAUCCUGAUUAUUCACGGCAUGAAACCUUACGAAUGAUAAAUUUAACUGAACCAAAAAUUAUAUUCUGUGAUCAAGAAUCUACAAAUUUAAUGAAAGAACUCAUCACGGAAGCUAAAUUACAAAGUAAAAUUGUAACAUUUGAAACAGAUUUUAACUCAUAUUUAAAACCACAUAAAUCAACUGAAGAGGAUAACUUUGUAGCCGAAAUUGUGGAUGUAAACAAUGAUAUAUUAUUUAUUAUAUGUACAAGUGGUACAUCAGGCCUUAUUAAAGGCGUUACGAAAACUCACAGUGCCUAUUAUUUGGCUAUGAACUUACAUGCAAUUUUUAAGGAAGGUGAUGGUCCAAUGCUGUAUUAUUCGCCAAUAUCAUGGAUAUCAGCAAUCUUAUUUAUGGGCAUAAUGUUAUGGCAUGGCGAAUCGAAAAUCACUUGUGAAUAUGAUCCGAAACUCAAUUUAGAAAUUAUGGCCAAUUAUAAUAUAAAAUGGACGUUUAUGAGUUCAUUAAAAGUUAUGGAAAUUAUUCGACAUCCAGAUUUCCCGAAAUAUUCAUCGAAAAUCAUCAACAGUCUAAAAUAUUUAUACUUUGGUGGUAGCGCUGUAACAAUACAGCAACUAACCGAAUACCGAAGGAUAUUUCAACAUUCACAAAUUUUCAAUUGUUAUGGCUGCACUGAAAUGUCAAUUUUCCAUACAUAUUUUGAUCGAGCCAAGGACGAAGAUUUAAAAUUGAAUGUAAAGAAAAUUAUAUCAUCGGGUCGACCAUUUAUUGGAACAUAUUGGAAAUUAAUCGAUCCAGAAACUGGUUUAAGCGUGGGUCGAAAUCAAGAAGCUGAAUUACUAGUGAAGGGUGUACUUUUAACUACAGGUUAUUAUAAUGAUCCGAAGGCCACGGCGGAUGCAAUUGAUAAGGAUGGUUGGUUUCACACGGGAGACGUAGUGAUUGUGGAUAAUGACGAUUGUUUAUUUGUUGUGGGUCGAUCCAAGGAUUUACUGAAAUAUAAGGGAUGGCAGGUUUCUCCCAGUGAAUUGGAACAUAUUUUGGAGUCACAUCCAAGUGUUCAGAGUGCAUGUGUAAUAGGUAAACUUCAUGAAACCGAUGGUGAUUUACCACUUGCGUUCGUUGUGAAAAAGGAAUCAGCGGAAAGUCCUACAGAAACUGAAAUUAUCGAAUUUGUUGAUAAACAAGUUGUUGAUUAUCAAAGAUUACGUGGUGGAGUAAUUUUCCUACAUUCGUUACCGAGGACCGCAAAUGGAAAAAUUCGACGAAAUGAAUUAAAAAAAUUAUUGAAACAAUUAGAAAACAGCUAAGAAGAAAU